GUGGGAGGCGGAGUCGGAGAAGGGAGUUUGUCUAGUGGCAAAUCUGCACUUGACUCAUAGCAUAGCAGGCAAUCGGUGAUCAGCUUUUUCAGCAGGUAGAGAAGUGACGGCAAUGCUCUGGUUGCCAUGAGUUACUGCCCAGUGCUGGUGAAUGAGCCAGUGUGGCAGGACUGAAGAUGGGACAGAAGCAGAGGGGUUACUGGCUGUAUGGAAGAAGAGAAGAGCUGCUGGGGUAUCUUAUUAAAGGCACGGAGUUUGCCAUGGGUCAGUAACCCAUAGCAACCAAUCAGCAGGAUGGCGCAGAGUGGCACAGAUCUACCUCUCAGAAGAGCACAUGGCCGGGUACCUCCCUCCCAACGUCGUUGCUCUCAGGAAGAUCUCGCUGUAUCGGUGGUGUUCCCUGGACUUGUGACACGGGAGAGCUGCUGCCGCUUCACCUGUGAGCUGCUGAAGCACAUCUUGCACCAGAGGCAUCAGCUUCCCCUCCCUUAUGAGCAGCUGGUUGUGUUCAGUAGGAAGCCACAGGGAAGUGAGGAUGCUGCCAAGAAGCGCUCUCGAAUGGAGGAAUUGGGGAACCGCCAGUGUCAGCAGACUUUGUCUGACCUUGAAGAACUACUGGGUCAGCUUGAAAUUCUGUUCACCAUCACACCUGUGCCCCGUGUUCUUUUGCUACUGGGUGGUAACCCAGUGAAUCCCAAGGAACUGUAUGAUAUAAACAUGGAAGGGGUGAAUGUGGGAAACGGAGAGGAAAGCCUGGGAAUCCGCCCUUGUUUACGCCAGCUGUUUCAUGCUCUCUUUGUGGCAGAUCCAUUCAGUGACCUGCGGGCUACUUCUUUACAGAGCCUGGUCGUGAUGGUGCAAGGGCAGCGGGAGUGCGGCACAGAUUGGUUUAAGCCGAAGCUGAAUUAUAAAGUUCCCAGCAGGGGGCACAUGUUGACUGUCAGACUGGCAUGCACUGACUCUCCUGCCCCAGAGCCAGGCAGUGGGGAUUAUAUUUGGUUCCAGGCUCCCGUUAUAGUAAAGGGGUUUCACAACUGAACAUCCGGGUUUUUAUUUUUUGGCCAAAUGUAAUUGUUCUGGCAGGAAAAUGGUGCUUCUAUAGGUAAAACAUGGUAUACUACUACAAACGUACUUCAGUGGGCAUGUGAGGCUGUAUCCAUGCUGCACAGUAACGGGGCAGAAAGGUAAUGUACUGCCACCAGAGGUAGGGGCAAUACAGAAGGGCCCAGAGUGAAACUUGUGUAUCCUUACUUCCACAAACAUUUGCAUUAUUAUGGGAUGCCAUUGUGCCAUAAAUCCUGGGCCCAUCUCUAUUUGUGCCUAUAUAAUAACACCUUGUUGCCUGAGCAUUGAACAUUCCUGCUGUGCAGGGGAACUUAAGGCACAACUAUAACUCUCCCUGUAUGACAAGAGGCUGAAACCUUAUUCCAACUGGGUCUGCCUGACUCCUGAAUGUAUAGGAAACCGCACUAAACUCAUAACAACCCAAAGGAAAGCAGUCAAUAAUAAAUCCUGUGAGCUAUACACAGAAAUACACACAAUGUGCUGCUGCAGUGUAAUAUCUAACCUGGCUGGGUGCUGCACUGAGAUCAGAGGCUGAGCUGGCCACAGGUUGCACUUUGUCUCCUUGGUUUUUAAUGCAAAGUUUUUACUUUUAUUAAAAUUUUAUUAUGAAACUAAAGAGAACAUAUAUUUUUAUUAAAGUGGAUACUCUUUUCCUUAAAGGAACAGGCUUAGUACCUACUUAUAUUUACCAUGUAUUUAGUGGCCCUUAUAAUAUUCUGCUACAUUCUGUCUUCUCUGUUAGAUACAUCAUCAAAUGCAGUGUCUGUCCCUGUUCAUAGAAAUUAUUUUACUUUCUAUAAUUCCUAUGGCAAUGGCUUCAAAUAGAAAACUACCUCUUCUGUACCCUGAUACUCCCGGCCCUAAAAUAAAGUUGUUGUUUUUUUUAUCUAAA